GGGAAACAAACAAACACUUCUUUCUUUUUUUUUUUUUUCUCGGCAGGCGUAAUGGAGAAACAAGUGGGUGAUUACGAACCGCAGUUGUUGGCCGAGGAUUGCAGUCAAACGACCCUUGCCACUGGCCACAAACUAAUGUCCUGGCAUACCGUUCGCAACUACUUCCCGAAAUAUGCUCUCAAGCGAUCAGGUGUCAUUUACAUUGACGAAAGACCGCCUGUCAUUCACUGCUUCUUCAUGGCCAUUCAGCACGUCUUGGCCAUGUUCGGUUCCACCGUACUAGCUCCCCUCAUGAUGGGCAUGGAUACCAACACGGCUCUUUUCUUCUCUGGCAUUGGUACCAUCAUUUUCUACAUUGCCACCGGUGGUAGAGUGCCUUCCUAUGUCGGAUCUUCUUUUGGAUUCAUUGGCGUGGUCGUUUCUGCUACGGGAUAUUCGUAUUCGCCUACGUCUGGACGCAAUGAGCAUGUGGAUGUCGCUGCAGGUGGUAUUCUUAUCUGCGGUGUGGUAUACGGCUGUAUCGGUCUUUUAGUGUUGUUCCUCGGUCACAAGUGGAUUGAAUUUGUAAUGCCUCCCGUGGUUACCGGUGCAGUCGUCAUGACCAUCGGUAUUCAUUUGUCAUCCUCGGCUUUCGCCAAUGCGACACAGACAUCCUUUGAUGGUUGGAUGGCCUUCACGACUGUCAUGGUGAUUGCUCUCACCAGUAUUUACGCGCCCGGUAUGAUGAAACGUAUUCCUAUUUUAAUCGGCAUGAUCAUCGGCUAUCUUAUCAACUUUGGAUGCGGUUACACGGGCGCCGGUCCCGCUAUCGAUUACACCGAAGUGUACGAAGCGAAAUGGUUUGCCGCACCUACGUUUGUUCAUCCCAAAUUCGAGGGCAACGCCAUCAGUAUCAUUGUGCCUGUGUGUGUUGUGCUGGUCGCUGAGAAUCUCGGUCACAUCAAAGCGGUCGGUGCAAUGGCCGAACAGCCUUUGGACAAGUAUCUUGGUCGUGCGAUUCUGGGCGAUGCCGUCGCUACGAUUGUGGCCGCUUCUGGCGGUGGACCUGGCACCACGACGUAUUCUGAAAACAUCGGUGUGAUGGCCGUCACUCAGAUUUUCUCCACGUUGAUCUUUUUAAUUGCGGCCGUUGUUGCUAUCUUCCUGGGCUUUAUCCAGAAAUUCGGAGCUGCUAUUCACACGAUUCCUCAGGGUGUGUUUGGUGGCUUGUCCAUUAUUUUAUUCGGUCUGAUCACAGUGUCCGGUGCUCGUAUCUGGGUUGAAAACCAGGUCGACUUCAAGGAUUCACGCAACUUGCUGGUGGCCGGUAUCCCUGUCGUGAUUGGCGCUGCCAUGCAGACCACGCUGCAGUGGGGCAACUUCCAAUUGGACGGUAUUGGUUUGCCUACUUACUGUGCGAUCCUUUUGUAUCAGUUGUUGCGUGGAUACGAUGGCAUCCAGGAACUCUUCCGCCGCCGCCGUAAUAACAAGGAUUCCCAAGAGACACCAAUCCAUCUGAAAGAAGAAGAGGAACGUGUCUAAUGGUUCGAACGACUCAUUUUUUCCAGAGCUCGUUUUUUUCUUCUUUUUUUUAAAUUUAACUCUUUCUAUAUACUGUAAAUACUUGGGUUCAUACCUGCCAGCAGCUGUGGAUAUGGAACCAGUUCAUUAGGACAAAGCAUCGUCAUCCAGAACUCCUAUAUUCAUUUUAUCUUAUUCAUCAAUCAAUAAUCAUCAUACUGCAAAAUUACACAUUAUUUUUCAUCACGCAUUGUUUUUGUCUCAUUCUCCAUUUAUUAUUCCCCCUUUUGCAUUGCUUAUCUUACCUUUUUAUGUUUGUUACGCUUGAAAUAAACGACUUGCAU